UCAGCUUGUCUCAAAUCUGGGUUAUUUCUGAUGAUUCAAACAGUAAGACCACUGCUGAAGCAGGAUGGAUGGUUUAUCCAAGUUUAUUAGGAGAUAACCAGACACGGUUCUUCUUGUAUUGGACUGAUGAUGGCUACGAGCAAACAGGUUGCUACAAUCUACAGUGCCCUGGUUUUGUUCAAACAAACAAAAAUAUCUAUCUCGGUUCCAUCAUAAAACCAGUCUCAAUCUACAAUGCAGAGCAGUUUGAUAUAACUAUUGCCAUAGUCAAGGACAAAGUAAGCGGAAAUUGGUGGAUCCAACUGCAAAACGAGCUUUUAGGAUACUGGCCUGACUCUAUCCUCACAGGUUUAGCAGGUGGUGCAUCUAUGGUCCAUUGGGGUGGCGAGAUCACGAAUUCACACUCAGAUGGAUUUCAUACAACUACUCAGAUGGGCAGUGGGCAUUUUCCCUCUGAAGGAUAUGCAAAAUCAAGUUAUUUUCGUAAUCUUCGAGUGGUUGAUAGUAGUACUAACAUUAUGGCAAACCCAAAGGGUAUCACUCCAUUUGCAGCUAAACCUCAGUGCUAUGAUGUGCACAUCAAUGAAAACACUGGUUCUAGCUAUGGUUACCAUUUCUACUAUGGAGGGCCUGGUCUCUCCCAAAACUGCCGAUGAGAACAUCAUGAGAUGCAGGUUCUUGUAGUUC